AUGGCAAAACAGUUAUCAAUGGAAGAGUUAAUUAAGAAAUUUCAAUAUCUUCAAUCUAAUCGGCAAGCAUCUCUGACAGUCGGGAUGAAUCAAAACAGCAAAACAAACAAUAAAACAGUCGAUGAUGAUUCAAAAUUGUCUUCGAUGACCUACAAUGCUAACGGAGCAACUGGUUCACUCAUGGCAUCAAAUGAAACAUCAGCAGAUUUGAACACAGAAGAAGCAUGCAAAGUGUGUUUAGACGCUGUCGCUAAUUGUGCAUUUAUUGAAUGUGGUCAUAUUGUAUGUUGUUUAAAUUGUGCGAAAUUAUUAACCAGAUGUCCUGUUUGUCGUGAAACGAUCAAACGAACAUUACGUGUUUAUAAGUCUUAA